AUGAGCUUGGGGCUGGAGCAGUCGUUGGAGGUGGUUAUCCAGACUCUGGAGAGGAGCCUCCUGGGGUCUGGCCAGGAGGCGGGCCUGAACGGGAGGGGCCCGGCCCAGGACUCGCGGCCCAGGGGCCUGCCUGCCCGCAUCAGGGAGAUAGUCACCCGCAGCCUCUCCCAGGCUGAGAGCACAGGCCCGGCCCCCGAGAUGGCCUCCAUGCUGUCGCUGCAGGAGGAGAACCAGAUGCUGCAGCAGGAGCUGUCCCGUGUGGAGGACUUGCUGGCCCAGAGCCGGGCCGAGCGCGACGAGCUGGCCAUCAAGUACAGCGCGGUCAGCGAGAGGCUGGAGCAGGCUGUGCGGCGGGAGUCUGGGGAGCCAGAAGCCCAGGAGCCCAGGGGGCUGGCCCUGCAGAGCGUGGAGCUGCGGCGGCAGCUGCAGGAGGAGCAGACCUCCUACCGGCGCAAGCUGCAGGCCUAUCAGGAGGGCCAGCAGCGGCAGGCGCAGCUGGUGCAGCGGCUGCAGGCCAAGAUUCUCCAGUGCAAGAAGAAGACCUCAGAGACGGAGCAGCAGCUGCUGGAGAGAUGCGCGGAGCUGGAGCAGCUGCGGCUUCGGGACGCAGGGCACAGCCAGGACCUGGAGAGCGCCCUCGUCCGCCUGGAGGAGGAGCAACAGAGGAGCGCCAGCCUGGCCCAGGUGAACGCGCUGCUCCGGGAGCAGCUGGACCAGGCGAGCUCGGCCAACCAGGCCCUGCGGGAAGAUAUCCGCAAGGUGACCAGCGACUGGGCACGCGGCCGGCAGGAGCUGGAGCAGCGGGAGGCCGCCUGGAGGCGCGAGGGCGAGUCUUUCAAUGCCUACUUCAGCCAUGAGCACAGCCGCCUGCUCCUCGUCUGGAGGCAGGUCGUGGGGGCCCGCCGGCUGGUCAACGAGGUGAAGAUGGCCACGGAGAGGGACCUGCUGCAGCUGGGAGGGGAGCUGGCCCGCACCUCGCGAGCCAUCCAGGAGGCGGGCCUGGGGCUGAGCACGGGGCUGCAGCUGGCUGAGAGCCAGGCCGAGGCGGCCCUGGAGAAGCAGGCCCUGCUGGAGGAGCAGCUGCGGAGCAAGCAGCUGCAGGAGCAGGAGCUGGCCCGGCAGCAGCUGCAGAGCAACCUGGACAAGGCCAGCCUCAGUGCCAGAGUGACUGAGUUGGCUCUCACAGUGGAGCGCCUUCAGGACCAGAAUCUGGAGAAGGACCAGCUCAACAAAGCCCUCAGUGAGAAGCUUGAGGCCCUGGAAUCCCUGCGGCCCCAGGAGCAGGCAGCCUUGGAGACAGAGGAGGGAGAGGGGCUGCAGCAGACCCUGAGGGACAUGGCACAGGCCGUCCUGUCGGACACGGACAGCGGCGUCCAGUUAAGUGGCUCUGAGCGCACAGCGGACGCCUCGGAUGGCAGCCUGCGGGGGCUCUCGGGGGCCCGGACCCCGUCCCCACCGAGGCGGCCCUCGCCCGGUCGCGGCCGCUCCCCACGCCGAGGCCCGUCCCCCGCCUGCUCGGACUCCUCCACGCUGGCCCUCAUCCACUCGGCUCUGCACAAGCGCCAGCUGCAGGUCCAGGACAUGCGGGGGCGCUAUGAGGCCAGCCAGGACUUGCUGGGCACCCUACGGAAGCAGCUUAGUGAUAGUGAGGGUGAGCGCCGUGCCCUGGAGGAGCAGCUGCGGCGUCUGCGGGACGAGACCGAUGGGGCCGCCCGGGCCCGGGAGGACGCGCAGCGGGAAGCCCAGCGCCUGCGCAGCGCUGUCGACCUCCUGAACAGGGAGAGGGACAGCCUGGCCCACAGCCUGCAGACAGCCAAGCAGCAGGCCGAGAAGCUACAGCAGGAGUGGGAGAAGCUGCAGGUGGCCCAGGAGGAACUGCGGCGCCAGCGGGACCAGCUGCAGGAAGAGCGGGAGGACACAGUGCAGGACCACACGCGGACACGCAGGGAGCUUGAGCGCAGCCACAGACAGCUAGAGCAGCUGGACGGGAUCCGUUCAGGGCUGGCGAAGGAGCUGGUGGAGGUGCGGGAGGCACUGAGCAGUGCCACGCUGCAGCGGGACAUGCUGCAGGCCGAGAAGGCCGAGGUGGCCGAAGCGCUGGCCAAGGCAGAGGCCGGCCGUGUGGCACUCGAGCUCUCCAUGACCAAGCUGAGGGCGGAGGAGGCCUCUCUGCGGGACGCCUUGUCCAAGCUGAGCGCCCUGAACGAGGGUCUGGCGCAGGACAAACUGGCUCUGAACCGCCUUGUCGCCCAGCUGGAGGAGGAGAAGGCAGUCUUGCUGGGCCGGCAGCGGCAGGUGGAACAGGUGGCUGCUGCGUCUUGGGAGGAGCAGGAGCGGAUGCAGCAGGAGCGGCUGGAGCAUGAGGUGGAGCGGCAGGGCCUGGAGGGCUCCCUGCAGGUGGCGGAGCAGGCACGGGAGGCGCUGGAGCGCCAGCUCCCCGAGCUGCACCAUGAGCGCUGCCGGCUGCAGGAGCAGCUCGCCCAGCUCUCCCGGCAGCUGAGCGAGCGGGAGCAGCAGCUGGAGCAGGCCCAACAGGAGACGCAGCGGCAGACGGAGGCACUGGAGCAGGCAACCCGGGAGAAGGAGGCGUUGGCCAAGGAGCGGGCCAGCCUGGCGGUGCAGCUGGCGGCUGCUGAGCGUGAAGGCCGGGCCCUGUUGGAGGAGGCCGCACGCCUGCGCUUGGAGAAGGAAGCCCUGGAGAGCAGCCUGUUUGAAGUGCAGAGGCAGCUGGCGCAGCUUGAGUCCCGGCGGGAGCAGCUGGAGGCAGACGGGCGGGCCCUGCUGCUGGCCAAGGAGGCCCUGACCGGGGAGCUGGCGGGCCUGCGGCAGCAGAUGGCAGCCGCAGAGGAGAAGGCUGCUCUGGACAAGGAGCUGACGGCCCAGAAGCUGCUGCAGGCUGAGCGGGAGGCCCAGGCCUCUCUGCGGGAGCAGCGGGCAGCCCAUGAGGAGGACCUACAGCGACUCCAGCGAGAGAAGGAGGCGGCGUGGCAGGAGCUGGGCGCAGAGCGGGCUCGCCUGCAGGGUCAGCUGCAGCGGGAGCGGGAGGAGCUGCUGGCCCGGCUGGAGGCUGAGAAGGAAGAGCUGAGUGAGGAGAUGGCCGCCCUGCAGCAGGAGCGCGACGAGGGCCUGCUCUUGGCCGAGACUGAGAAGCAGCAGGCCCUGUCCCAGAAGGAGUCCGAGAAGACGGCGUUGUCUGAGAAGCUGAUGGGGACGCAGCACAGCCUCGCUGCCGUCUCCCUGGAGAUGGAGCGACAGAAGCGGGAUGCCCAGAGCCGCCAGGAGCAGGACCGGAGCACCGUGAAUGCUCUGACGUCUGAGCUGCGGGACCUGCGGGCCCAGCUGGAGGAGGCCUCUGCGGCCCACGCCCAGGAGGUGAAGAGGCUGCGGGAGCAGGCCGGGGACCUGGGCCGCCAGCGGGAGUCCUGCCUGCGCGAGGCAGAAGAGCUCCGGACCCAGGUGCGCCUGCUGGAGGAGGCGCGCGGCGGGCUGCGGCGGGAGUUGCUGGAGGCACAGCGCAAGGUGCGGGAGGGCCAGGAUGGCCGCGAGGCCCGGCGCCAGGAGGCGAGUGAGCUGCGGCGCAGCCUGAGCGAGGGCGCCAGGGAGCGCGAGGCCCUGCGGCGCUCCAACGAGGAGCUGCGCACGGCCCUGAAGGCAGCGGAGAGCGAGCGGGUCAGCCUGAAGCUUGCCAACGAGGACAAGGAGCAGAAGCUGGUGCUCUUGGAGGAGGCCCGGGUGGCUGUGGGCAAGGAGGCCGGGGAGCUGCGGGCCGGGCUGCAGGAGGUGGAGCGCUCGCGGCUGGAGGCGCGGCGGGAACUGCAGGAGCUCCGGCGGCAGAUGAAGAUGCUGGACAGCGAGAACGCCAGGCUGGGCCGAGAGCUGCUGGAGCUGCAGGGCCGCCUGGCGCUGGGCGAGCGGGCAGAGAAGGAGGGCAGACGGGAGGCCCUGGGCCUGCGACAGAAGUUGCUGCGGGGCGAGGCCAGCCUGGAGGCCCUGCGGCAGGAGCUCCAGGGGGCCCAGCGGAAGCUGCAGGAGCAAGAAGGCGAGUUCCGGGCCCGGGAGCGAGACCUGCUGGGCUCUCUGGAGGAGGCGCGCGGUGCCCAGAAGCAGCAGCUGGACCAUGCCCGCAGCCUGGGACUCAAGCUGGAGGCCACCCGGGCUGAGGCCGCGGACCUGGGGCUGCGACUCAGCACAGCCGAGGGCCGGGCUCAGGGCCUGGAGGCCGAGCGGGCCCGUGUGGAGGCACAGCGGCGCGCGGCUGAGGCCCAGCUUGCCAGCCUGCGCUCAGCCCUGCGCCGAGGCCUGGGGCUCGGGGGGCCAGUGGCUGGCUCCCCCGCCCGGGGUGCACCUGCCGGAGGAAGCGUGGAAGGGCUCAGUAGCCCCGACCCCGUGGAGCACGGCCCCGGGUCCCAGCCGCCCUCCCCAGGACCGGCCGUCUCCCCAGGGCCUGCAGACCUGGACCCAGAAGCGGUGCGGGGCGCCCUGCAGGAGUUCGUGCAGGAGCUGCGGGACGCCCAGCGAGAGCGGGAUGAGCUUCGCAUCCAGACGAGCGCCCUGAGACAGCAGCUGGCUGAGACGGAGGCCUCACGGGAUGGUGCGGCCUUACGGGUCAGGCAGCUGGAGAAGGCUGUGGUCGAGAGCGAGGAAGCCCGCCGCAGCGUGGAUGGGCGGCUGAGCGGGGCACAGGCUGAGCUGGUGCAGCAGGAAGAGAACUCGCGACAUGCUGAGCGGGAGCGCCGGGCAGUGCUGGACCGCGUGGCCGCCCUGGAGAGGAGCCUGCAGGCCAUGGAGAGCGAACUCCAGGCCAGCCAGGAGAAGCUCAGCAAGAUGAAGGCCAACGAGGCGAAGCUGGAGAGCGACAAGCGGCGCCUGAAGGAGGUGCUGGACGCGUCUGAGAGCCGCAGCGUGAAGCUGGAGCUGCAGCGGCGCGCGCUCGAGGGGGAGCUGCAGCGCAGCCGCCUGGGCCUGAGCGACCGGGAGGUGCAGGCGCAGGCCCUGCAGGAGCGGGUGGACUCGCUACAGAGGCAGGUGGUGGACGGCGAGACGAAGGCAGGCACUCUGCAGCUGACAGUGCAGCGGCUGAGCAGGGCCCUGGCCAAGGUGGAAGAGAGCGAGGGCCUCCUGCGGGACAAGGCGCAGGGCCUGACGGAGGCCCUGACCCGGAGCAGCGCCAGCCUCUCCAGCACCCAGGAGAAGAACGUGCAGCUGCAGAAGGCCCUGACUGCCUGUGAACAUGACCGCCAAGUGCUCCAAGAGCGGCUGGAGGUUGCGCGGCAGGCGUCAUCCGAGGCACGGAAGCAGAGCAGCUCCCUGGGUGAGCAGCUGCAGACCUUGCGGGGCGAGCUGGAAGAUCUGGAGCUGCGGCGGGCGGAGGCCGAGGGGCGGCAGCAGCAGCUGCAGGAGGCGCUGCGGCAGCGGCAGGAGGCUGAGGCUGCAGCCCUGCACACGGCCCAGAAGGUGCAGGACGAGCGGCGGCAGCUGCAGGAGCGCCUGGGGAGCCUGCAGCGCACCCUGGCCCAGCUGGAGGCUGAGAAGCGGGACGCGGAACGCUCAGCCCUGCGGCUGGAGAAGGAGCGGGCAGCCCUUAGAAGCACACUGGACAAAGUGGAAAGGGAGAAGCUCCGCAAUCACGAGGACACGGUGCGUCUGAAUGUGGAGAAGGGCCGCCUGGACCGCACGCUCACGGGGGCAGAGCUGGAGCUGGCUGAGGCCCAGAGGCAGAUCCAGCUGCUGGAGGCCCAGGUGGCAGCGCUGGAGCAGAACCACAGCCCGGCCGGGCUGGAGGCGGCGGAGCUGCAGCAGGAGGUGGAGCGCCUACGCGGCGCCCAGGUGCGGACGGAGCGCGCGCUGGAGGCGCGGGAGCGCGCCCACCGGCAGAGGGUGCGGGGGCUGGAGGAGCAGGUGUCCAUGCUGAAGGGGCAGCUGCAGCAGGAGCUUCGAAGGCGCUCGGCCUCCUUCUCCCCACCCUCUGGGCCCCCGGAGAACUGA